CUGUCCGGGACUAGUGGGGUCUGUCCAGGACUAGAGGGGUCUGUGGAGCUGACCAACAUUCAGAAGAAAUACUAUCGGGCUAUACUGGAGAAGAACUUCUCCUUCCUAACCAAGGGAGGGGGAGGAGGGGGAGGAGGGGGAGGAGCCAGUGUCCCCAACCUCCUGAACACCAUGAUGGAGCUGAGGAAAUGCUGUAACCACCCAUACCUCAUUAACGGAGCGGAGGAGAAGAUCAUCGAGGAGUUCAGGGACUCUCACGGAGGCCGGACGGACGUGCCAGAGAUGGCUCUCCAGGCCAUGAUCCAGGCGGCCGGAAAGCUGGUGCUGAUCGACAAGCUGCUGCCCAAACUGAAGGCCGGGGGCCACCGCGUCCUGGUGUUCAGUCAGAUGGUCCGGUGCCUGGACAUCCUGGAGGACUACCUCAUCCAGAAGAGAUACCCGUAUGAGCGCAUUGACGGGCGUGUCCGUGGGAACCUGCGUCAGGCGGCCAUCGACCGGUUCUCCCGCCCGGACUCGGACCGGUUCGUGUUCCUGCUCUGCACCCGGGCGGGGGGGCUGGGAAUCAACCUCACAGCCGCGGAUACCUGCAUCAUAUUCGACUCCGACUGGAACCCGCAGAACGACCUGCAGGCCCAGGCCCGGUGCCACCGGAUUGGCCAGUCCAAGUCGGUGAAAAUCUACCGGCUCAUCACGCGGAACAGCUACGAGAGGGAGAUGUUCGACAAGGCCAGCCUCAAGCUGGGGCUGGACAAGGCCGUGGAGUCAGAGGGCGGGGCGGGCGCUGCUAAGAAGGAUUCCAAGAGGAAGAGAGAGUCGUCCGUCGGCGAGGAGGUGGAGGUGAAGUCUCCACUGAACUCUCCUCCAGAAGAAGAGGACGAUGACGGCGUCCAGAAGCGCCGAUCCAGCCGGCAGGUGAAGAGGAAGAGGUACACGGAGGACCUGGAGUUCAGGAUCUCCGACGAUGACGACAGUGGAGACGACUCCACCACGCCCAAGUCCCCGUCGCAUCAGCAGGACGUGGCGGAGGCCGAGGGGCCGGUAGUGGAGAAGAUCAUGGGCCUGCGGGGCUCCAAAAAGCAGUUGGAGUCCGGGGAGGAAGUGGAUGUUGAGGAGUUCUACGUCAAGUUCAAAGGCUUUUCCUACCUCCACUGUCGCUGGGCCGAGCUGGAGGAGCUGGAGAAGGACAAGAGAAUACACCAGAAGAUAAAGAGGUUCAAGGCCAAGCAGCAGCUCAACAACUUCAUAACCGAGAUGGACGACGAGCCCUUUAACCCGGACUACGUGGAGGUGGACCGCGUCCUGGACGUCUCCGAGAGCACGGACGAAAACGGAGAGACGGUGACCUUAUAUCUGGUGAAGUGGUGCAGCCUCCCGUACGAGGACUCCACCUGGGAGCUGAAGGCCGACAUCGACCAGUCCAAGAUAGACGAGUACGAGCGCAUCGCGGCCCGCCCCCCCAACACUAAGCGAGUGGAUCGUCCUCUUGCAGCCGACUGGAAAAAGCUGGAGGGCUCCAGGGAAUACAGGAAUGGAAACGCACUCAGGGAGUACCAGCUGGAAGGCCUCAAUUGGCUAACUUUCAACUGGUACAACUCACGCAACUGUAUCCUGGCAGACGAGAUGGGGCUGGGGAAGACCAUCCAGUCCAUCACAUUCCUCUAUGAGAUGUACCUGAUGGGCAUCGAGGGGCCCUUCCUGGUCAUCGCCCCCCUCUCCACCAUCCCCAACUGGGAGAGGGAGUUCAGGACCUGGACCGAGCUCAACGUGGUGGUCUACCAUGGCAGCCAGGCUAGCCGAAAGACCAUUCAGGCCUACGAGAUGUACUACAGAGAUCCACAGGGUAAGAUAAUAAAGGGAGUCUAUCGCUUCCAUGCGGUCAUAACCACGUUUGAGAUGAUUCUGGCCGACUGUCCGGAGCUGCGCAGCAUCCCGUGGCGAUGCGUGGUGAUAGACGAGGCUCACCGCCUCAAAAACAGAAACUGCAAACUACUGGAGGGACUCAAAAUGAUGGACAUGGAGCACAAAGUUCUUCUGACGGGAACUCCUCUUCAAAACACAGUGGAGGAGCUUUUCAGCUUACUCAACUUCCUGGAACCGGAGAGAUUCCCCUCAGAACAGACGUUCAUGACUGAGUUUGGAGACCUCAAAACUGAGGAGCAGGUCCAGAAACUCCAGGGCAUCCUGAAGCCCAUGAUGCUGAGAAGACUGAAGGAGGACGUGGAGAAGAACUUGGCUCCAAAGGAGGAGACCAUCAUCGAGGUGGAGCUGACCAACAUUCAGAAGAAAUACUAUCGGGCUAUACUGGAGAAGAACUUCUCCUUCCUAACCAAGGGAGGGGGAGGAGGUGGAGGAGGGGGAGGAGCCAGUGUCCCCAACCUCCUGAACACCAUGAUGGAGCUGAGGAAAUGCUGUAACCACCCAUACCUCAUUAACGGAGCGGAGGAGAAGAUCAUCGAGGAGUUCAGGGACUCUCACGGAGGCCGGACGGACGUGCCAGAGAUGGCUCUCCAGGCCAUGAUCCAGGCGGCCGGAAAGCUGGUGCUGAUCGACAAGCUGCUGCCCAAACUGAAGGCCGGGGGCCACCGCGUCCUGGUGUUCAGUCAGAUGGUCCGGUGCCUGGACAUCCUGGAGGACUACCUCAUCCAGAAGAGAUACCCGUAUGAGCGCAUUGACGGGCGUGUCCGUGGGAACCUGCGGCAGGCGGCCAUCGACCGGUUCUCGCGCCCGGACUCGGACCGGUUCGUGUUCCUGCUCUGCACCCGGGCGGGGGGGCUGGGAAUCAACCUCACAGCCGCGGAUACCUGCAUCAUAUUCGACUCCGACUGGAACCCCCAGAACGACCUGCAGGCCCAGGCCCGGUGCCACCGGAUUGGCCAGUCCAAGUCGGUGAAAAUCUACCGGCUCAUCACGCGGAACAGCUACGAGAGGGAGAUGUUCGACAAGGCCAGCCUGAAGCUGGGGCUGGACAAGGCCGUGCUGCAGAGCAUGAGCGGGAGGGAGAACGCCAACAGCGGGGUGCAGCAGCUGUCCAAGAAGGAGAUCGAGGACCUCCUGAGGAAAGGAGCCUACGGGGCCCUGAUGGACGAGGAGGACGAGGGCUCCAAGUUCUGCGAGGAGGACAUCGACCAGAUCCUGCAGAGGAGAACCCACACCAUCACCAUCGAGUCCGAGGGGAAGGGCUCCACCUUCGCCAAGGCCAGCUUCGUCGCCACGGGCAACCGGACGGACAUCUCCCUGGAGGACCCGGACUUCUGGGCCAAGUGGGCCAAGAAGGCCGAGCUGGACAUGGACGCCAUCAACGGACGGAACACCCUGGUGAUCGACACGCCGAGGGUCAGGAAGCAGACGCGGCAUUACAGCAGCGUCAAAGAGGACGAGAUGCUGGAGUUCUCAGAGCUGGAGAGCGACGAGGACGAGCCCGCCAAGCCCUCCACCAAACAGAGGCGGCCCCAGGACAAGGCCCAGGGGUACCCCCGGUCCGAGUGCUUCCGCGUGGAGAAGAACCUGCUGGUCUACGGCUGGGGACGGUGGACGGACAUCCUGGCUCACGGCCGGUUCAAGCGCCCCCUGAAGGAGUCGGACGUGGAAACCAUCUGCAGGGCGCUGCUGGCCUACUGCCUCCUGCAUUACCGCGGAGACGAGAACAUCAAGAGCUUCAUCUGGGACCUGAUCACCCCCAGUGAGGACGGGACCACCAAACGGCUGACCAACCACUCUGGUCUGUCCACACCUGUUCCCAGAGGCAGGAAGGGGAAGAAGGGCAAGUCCGUGGCUCCGCCCCCUCAGACCCCGCGAGCCGAUUGGCUGGCCAGCUGCAACCCCGACCAUUUGCUACAGGAGGACAGCUACAAGAGACACCUGAAACACCACUGUAACAAUCCCAUGCUUUUUCCCUUCUUCUUGAAGGAGAAGUGA